AUGCUCUUUUCACCUAUCCUGCUCGUUGUACUUGGUGCCAGCACCACCUGGGCUGCGCAUACGGUGACCGUGAUCAACAGAUGUCGCGAAAAGUUCACGAUGCAAGUUCCUGGCCGUGGAAUCGUGACCUCUAGGGAAGGCGGGAGUUGGACGUACGAGGGGGAUAUCAGAGGUGUGAUCGCGUCUGUUGGGAACAAUUGUGACAUCAAUGGAGUCCCAUGCACUGCGGCCGAGUUUUCGCUGGUCUCAGGCAUAUCCUCUGCCGACAUCACUUUGAUCCCACCCCACCAAUACAACCGCUCCUUGCGCAUCUCACUUACCAAUGGGCAAUCGAAAUUGUGCAGCUCUGCCAACUGUCCAGGUGCUUUCCACACCGAUGGAAACGAUGGGCGGUACCAAAUCCAAGAAGCUAAUAACCCCAACUCCGGGAUUAAGCUCGAGUUUUGUUAUCAGCUGCGCAAUUAG